UGAUACCGCAAAGAUAAGAACAUUUGUAUAAAAGCACCAAAUAUCGACACAUUUCUCCAGUCACAAGAAGAGAAUUUGGUGAUUUCAAAAUGAAUUCAACAUCAAGUUUAUUGUUAUUAUUAAUUACAACAUCUCUACAUGCAAGCUUUGGCCAAAAUUUAUUUUGUUACUAUAGAAUCAUUAAUCCGUUUGCAUAUGUUUGCGAUCUAUUAAUUCAAAAUCCAAAUGGAUAUAACAACUUCACAGAAAUCAGAGGAACACAUUUACCUGUAAGAUGGAAUGAGGACGUUACAACAAUACUAAGAGCUACAUCAUCAAUAAGUAUAAAUGCUCCGUCGAUAAUUUGUAAUACUUUUAUAAAUGCACGAGACUUAGACUUAUUUGGCAUUGGUAUUGAAAGAAUUAACGAAGAUUCAUUCAGAAAUUGUCGGAAUCUUAGGCAAUUAGAAUUGGGUGGAAACAAAAUUGUUGAAAUAGAAGAAAGGUCAUUUAGUAACAAUCUAUUGCUAGAUAUCUUAUCUUUACCAGGGAAUAGAUUAACAACUUUACCAGCAAAUAUUUUUGCAAAUCAGCGUUUACUGCAUGCAUUAAUAUUGAGCCGCAAUAGUCUCACUGAGUUACCAAAUAAUAUUUUUGCUCCUUUAACAGAUUUAAUUGAGCUUAAUUUAGACUUCAAUCAACUUGGAGUGGUUCAUUCUCACUGGUUUGGUAAUCUCCCAACUCUUAGUUUCGUACAUCUUCGGGAAAAUCAAAUUAAUUCUGUCGAUGAAAGAUUUAUUGACAACACAGGAGUUUAUUGGUUGGGAAUGCUAAGUAAUAUUUGUAUAAAUCAACUUGUUAUGGAUAUUACAGCUACAAGACAGCAAAUGAGAACGGCACUGCGAGUUUGUUUUGAAAAUUAUCAAGAUACGAGUGGAUGUACUCCUGGAAAUUUAGAUGAAAGAGUUUGUAAACUUGAGAAUGAAAAUGCACAACAACAAAUGGAGAUUGACGAACUAAAGAAGGCUGUUCAAGAACUGUUAAAUCGCAAUUGUACAUCCACUUAAAUUAAAAGAUUGAACACUGAUCAAUGUCGCCUUUUGCGACUUCAGUUAUGGUUCACCCCUAAGGUGUGUCGUGGCUCAAAUAGAUUGGACAACACUGAUUUAUAUACCAUGUGAAAUAAAUUGGAACACAAUAAAUUUACCACUACGUUGUAUCUCACAACAUAGAACAA